AUGUCGCGCGAGGCACCCGACCAAACGACCACUUCACUCUCACCCAAACCCCCUUCUGCUCCGAAACUCCGCAGCUGCGUCGUCUGUCGCGCUCGAAAAGUCCGAUGCGAUAAGCUCUCGCCCUGCUCGAACUGCCGUCGCGCAAAUAUCGCCUGCGUCAUCCCCUCCGCCCACCGCAGCCCACGAUGGGCUCGUCGUCUCGAACACGUUGCCAACGAUGCCGCUGCACAGCCCGAACCGGCGGCGACUCAGGCCAUGGAGCGAUUGCGAACACUGGAGAACUUGGUUAAGGAGCUGAGAGGGCAGCUGGAACAGGCAAAUGCUGCGGUCGCUCGGUCGGCGGCCGGCAGCUUCGGAGUCAACUCUCCGGAUUCGACUCACGAUCGUGAUGGCGAUAGUCUGCGAGGCCUGUCUGGUCGGACCACUCAAAAUAAUGUCCAGGACCAGUUCGGCAGGCUCGUCGUGCAAGACAACGAUCGCAGCCGCUACGUGAGCAGCGGCUUCUGGUCUCGCGUCAACGACGAGAUAGAUGGCCUGAAGAUCGACGGUGAGCACCUGAACUUCGAAGACUAUGGUACCUCCGAGGACGAGUCGUCGCCAGGCAAACCCCCGUCCACGCAAGAACUCGAGCGCACUCCGUCCGACCGCCAUGCAUUCCUGUUUCGACACAAUCUCAACCCUUCUGCUGUGGACCUGCGUGAAUUACACCCCCUGCCCUCUCAGACCCCAUACUUCCUAGACGUCUUUUCCGAGAAUGUCAACUCCAUCGUUCGCAUCGUUCACGGUCCGACCGUGGCGAAGAUGAUGCGCGAUCUGCGCGGCCAACCCAUGUCCAGCUUAACGCCCUCCAACGAGGCUCUCAUGUUCGCGAUCUAUUAUGCUACAAUCACCUCCUUGGAGGAAGAGGAGAUCAUGACCAGUUUCGGAGCGACCAAAAGCGACCUCAAUCUCAAAUACCGACUUGGACUCGAGCAUGCAUUGGCAAAGGCGGAUUUUCUCAACGCUCCCAACCUCGUCCUGGUCCAGGCUUUGGCCAUCUUUCUCUGCGUCGCUCGCCGUUACGACAGCCCCAGAUUCGUCUGGAUGAUGGCGGGCAUCGCCAUCCGCAUGGCCCAGGCCCUGGGAUUGCAGCGCGACGGAACUCACUUCAAGCACCUGACGCCGUAUGAGAUCGGAAUGCGACGAAGAGCCUGGUGGGUCCUCUGCCUGAUUGACGUGAGGGCAUCGGAGGACCAGGGAACGGACUACACGAUCGCAUACGGCAGUUUCGACACGAAGCUUCCUUUGAACCUCAACGAGGCGGACUUCGGACCUGAAACCACUGAGAUGCCGCCAGCGCGUGAGGGCCUCACGGACAUGACUCUCCCCCUCGUCUCGUACGAAACCUGCAAUCUUAUGAAAGAGAUGAUGACCCGCAGCGUCAACGACGGCGCAUCCAGCAUGGAAGAACAGGAACGUCUGCUCGGCGAAAUCUACGCGAAGAUGGAUCAAGGCUACCUCCGAUAUUCGGUGGGGUCGGACGAUAUUGCCUACUGGGCUAUAGUCGUCAGCACGCGCCUUGUGAUGGCGAAGAUGACCCUUUUGAUAUACCUCCCGAUUCUCUCGCCUUCCGCCGGCGAGCAGUUCUCCGAGACAACUCGCGCAAAGCUGUUCGUCGCAGCCAUCGAGAUCGCGGAGUACAACCAUGCCCUGAACGCGGAGCCGGCCUGCCGUCACUGGCGCUGGGUCUUUCAGACCUACAUCCAUUGGUAUGCCAUCGUCUUUCUCUUGCUUGAGAUCAACCGACGGUCAUGGUCACCUCUUGUCGAAAGGGCCUGGGCAGCCCUUCAUAGUCAGUGGUUGAUCCCGGCCCAAUCGCACAUGGACAAGAACCUGCGAGUCUGGAUUCCUCUGCGAAAGCUGAUGGCUAAGGCGCGGAAACACCGCGAGGUCGAGAUCGAGCGUCUCCGAGGUAAUCCUCAGGAUGCUGACCGGCUGGAAAUCGAAGAUCGCGAGCUCCCUAUCCCGAUGAGCUGUGGGCCAUUUCCUGAUGGCUCCGAUGCUGUCCAUCUGUUUCGUAACCGCUGGCGUCAGCUGGUCGGUACCACACAGGCAACUGAGAGCCGUAUGGAAAUGCCUAAUGCGGCAAUGCUAGGCACCAGGCCCCUGGAACAGACAGAUCUUCCAGCUCAGCCAGAAGCCAGCUCGUUCCUGGCGUGGGGUGUUCCUGGUAGUUCUGUGUCUAUUCCUACCUUCGACUCGUCUUAUCCUGAUGCCGAUGCACUUUCCGGACCACACGAUCCGGCAAGCAAUGUGCACAUGUCUAUACCGUCGGUCGGUCCCGGCGACGUUUCUCUAGGUCAACCCCUAACUGUCGAAUCUCAUGACGCUUCCUUUGGCCCUGGCUUUGUUCCCUGGUCAUGGGAUGAUGCUAUUGAUGUCAAUAUGGACUUUGACGGCGAGGUGAACUGGCUUGAUUGGCUUAAUUCUACGAAGGAAGUAGAGUAA